GCAGCAGCCUCUCAUUAUAUCCCACACCUCUCUCUUUCUAAACCACAAACCCAGUCUGGUGGCAGAAGACAAGUCCCAGUGGACAACAGGGAAAGGAAACUCUUUCAGGAGGACUGGCUGAGUCUGGUGAAGGGGGCCUGGACUACAACUUACCAAUGGAGGACGAAGUGAAAUGGGCGACUGAUAUUAUUGAUCAGAAGCUGGAACUGGAGGAACAUGAGAAGGUAAAGCCUCGUUUCCGGAAGAUAGGUGUUGUUGACAUCGACUCUAGUGAUUUAAAUGAUGGGAAGCCACCGCUGAAUCGAAACCUCGCCAAUUUAAAGGGUGAUGAUCGGGUGAGGAAGACAUCAGUGGACCUAAGGAAAGAAAUUAUUGAUGUUGGAGGCAUCCAAAAUCUAAUUGAAAUACGAAAAAAGAGACAGGAGAGAAAAAAGAAGAAGUCACUGACAGUUGCUCCAGAACCACCCCCUGAGCCAGAGCCACUUACGGGACCUGUCACUGCUGAGGCAUUCCUCAAAGCUGCUGUUGAAGGCAAGAUGAACAUCAUUGAGAAGUUCUUGGAGGAUGGUGGCUCCCCAGACACUUGUGAUGAGUUCAGGAGAACAGCACUUCACAGAGCGUCAUUGGAGGGUCACAUAGAAAUCAUCAAGAAACUCUUAGACAGUGGAUCAUCAGUCAACUUCAGGGACAGGCUGGAUUGCACUGCUAUUCACUGGGCCUGCCGUGGAGGGAAGCUGGAAAUAGUAAAGCUUCUUCAAGACAGUGGAGCAGAAAUAAAUGUCAAAGACAAGCUCCUUAGUACACCUCUCCAUGUGGCCACCCGCACAGGUCAUGCUCAUAUUGUGGAGCACCUUAUUGCUACUGGUGUGGAGAUUAAUGCCAGAGACAGGGAAGGUGACACUGCUCUUCAUGAUUCCGUCAGGCUUAAUCGGUACAAAAUCAUCAAAAUGCUUAUCUUAUAUGGAUCCAACAUGAUGGCAAAGAAUGCAGAGGGCAAAACUCCCACAGACCUUGUGCAGCAGUGGCAGGCAGACACCAAAGAGAUGUUGGUGAAAAGGGCAAACAACAUUUCAGAGAAGCAAGUGUGAUGCAGCCAUUCGACUAGAUACCCGCAUAUGAUUGUGAGGAUGCAUUUGCCCAGUGAUGCCAAAAGGAUAUUUAUUUUUGAUGCAUUUUCUUUUACUGUAGAGUAUUUCUGUACAGCAAAUCCUUUCUGUAAUAUAUUGUAAAAUGUGCUUUAUUGUUCUUUAACAUAAAUUAGAGCCAGGGAUGUGCCAGCUGUGCCGUAACAUUGUUGCUGAACCACUCCCAUUGUCGUACAUGCCAGCAUAUCCCUUUGCUUGACCAGUAACUUAAAACAUCAGCAUGCAUUGGUAUAAUAUAGUUCCUUGGAUCACAGGCAUUUAUAGCUGUAUACACUAUCCCGGCUCAUUUAGUCUGAGGGUGAUUAUUUUCAGUUCAGCUUUAGAUGUUACAUAUUCCUAAUUUGGGCUUAACUUAGAAUUUAUCUACUGGCCCUUUAAAAGAGGAGUUUCUUUUCAAAAUGUAGUAUGCAGGAAUGUGCUCAGACCUAUGCACACACGCAUUUGAGUGUAUUUAAUUACCUUUCAUUAUUAAUAGUUAUGUUGGCAUGUAGGAAUCAUGUGCAUCCAGCCAAUGACUGGAUGUUGGCUUAGUGAGUCCUGGAGGGGCAUGGCCUGAUAAAGACUUGCUAAAGUUGUCUAAUGUGCAACAAUUUGUAGAGGGCAUGAAGAUUUUCUAUGAUAAAAAUAUUUCUAUUUUUUAUUCUUCCUCUCAAAAAAUGAAAUUAAACUAUGUAAAUAGCAUAUAUAUAUAUAUAUAUGCAUAUGCCAUAUUAAACUUAAAUAAUCAA